AUGGGAGAAACUCCUGACAGAGACAAAACUAUGCCAUUAGUACUAUUUUUUACAGAUGCCAUCGUUCCCAACCUGAAAAUUACACAAAGGCACUUUAAAAAGUCAUCAACGAAAAAUAAUGACGACGACGAUGAUGAUGCAGCAGCUAAAGAUGCUAAUGAUGUUAAUGAUGAUGAUGAUGAUGUAGCAGCUAAAGAUGAUAAUGAUGGUAAUAAUGCUAAUGAUGUAGCAGCUAAAGAUUCUAAUGAUGGUAAUGCUGGUAAUGUAGCAGCUAAAGAUGAUAAUGAUGGUAAUGAUAAUGAUGAUGUGGCAAGAAUACCUGGUUCAAUUUUAGCGAAAAAUAAUGAUGAUGAUGAUAAAACUAUUGAAAACCUGGAUCAACAUUCUAAUUCCUCGAAAAAUAAUGGCGACGAUGAUGAUGAUGUAGUAGCUAAAGAUGCUAAUGAUGGUAAUGAUGAUGAUGAUGUAGCAGCUAAAGAUUAUAAUGAUGGUAAUGAUGAUGAUGUAGCAGCUAAAGAUGCUUAUGAUGAUGAUGAUGAUGAUGAUGUAGCAGCUAAAGAUGCUAAUGAUGGUAAUGAUGAUGAUGUAUCAGCUAAAGAUGUUAAUGCUAGCGAUGACAAUAAUAUUGCUAGUGCUUGUUGGGAUUAUAAUAAUGCUGCAGAUUUGAAUAGUAAUGAUGAUAUUAAUGCUGCUGAUGCUGGUAGUAAUGACGAUUAUGCUCUUGAUGCUAAUAGUGAUUACAAUAAAGCUAAUAAUCCUGAUAGCAUUGAUGAUAAAGCUGCUACAGCUGGGAGAGACGAUAAUAAUGAUAAUAGCGCUGCUGAUGCUGCUAGAGAUGAUAAUAAUGCUCCUAAUGCUGCUAAUUCGAAGGAAUGGAUUCAAUCUUGGCAAGAAGGUGGUGCGGUUGGUUUAUUUGCAUCAGUAAUUCAGUCUCGCAGUUUGGCGACGACAGUCAACGACGACUACGAUGACUGGAGGUCAUAUUCGCCGGAUGCAAAGUGGCAUCCUGGGGGACAAAGUUAG